AACCAAUUCGGGAAAUACAUUGCGAAAAUUUUUCAGCUUAUGUUCCAGCUCAACCACAUUGCGCGGGGUUAUGCAAUCGCACAGCUGAGAAACACGUGAACGCAGAAUGAGAACGAAGCGUAGAAGUACCUCUGUUGUAAAAGAUGAAAGUCAAACCCUAAAAAUAGGAACAAACAUUUGUACUCCGGUCAUGUCUACGGCCUCGAUGCUUUUAUCACGAGGACUCAUCGUUUGUUUUGUCGGACAUGCCCACGAGUUCCCGAGCUCCCUUUCGCCGGGUAUGAUGCAAUAGGUGUCUUGGAAAGCGCAAAUUAUGUAGACAAGUUACUGUAAUCAAGCUGAGUUUAGCAGUGAGAUGCACUUCUUUUCUAAGUGGUCCUGACGAUACGUUUUAUUAUUAUUCAAAAAAUGUAUUCGAAUUUGUCUCUUAUUUUUAAGAGAGUGGUAGUGAUUUUGCCGAAAAUUUCUGUUGUUGAAAUUUCGGCGGCGUAUCAUGCGACAGGUGCGCUUCGAAGAGUUACUCUUUUAAAAACAAUGGGCAGUUUUACAUCUGCGCACAAGAUCUUAAACGAAGACACAGCCGACAAUGAUUUAAUUUUUAACAACAUAUCAAGUUGGGAUGAUUUACGUCUACGUUGCGAAGAAGAGCUGUCUUUCUUGCCUCCCAAAAUUAAUCGCAAUUUCCAAAAGAGAGCUGGUAAAAAAGAUGCUAACGAAUCCAACAGUCAAAUUAGAGUAAUGCAGUGGAAUAUCUUAUCUCAAGCACUUGCCCUCAGUAGUGACAAAUUUGUGGCAUGUCCCUUGGAUGCUUUAUCCUGGUGGACUAGGAGAUGGAGGUUGCUGGAAGAAAUGGCUUCCACACAACCAGACAUACUUUGCUUUCAAGAAGUUGAUCACUAUCAGUUUUUCAAGCACAGUCUUGGAAGCUUGGGGUUUAGAGGAACAUUCUUCCCAAAACCAGACUCUCCUUGUUUCUACAUUGCUGGAAACAACGGACCAGAUGGAUGUGCCAUUUUUGUUGACGCGAAGAAAUUUGAAAUCUUAGAUACGAAGACAAGGUGUCUGGAAGUGUGGGGAUACCAAUCUAACCAAGUGGCCAUUCUUUGCAAAUUAAGACGCAAGAUGGACAAUGCCGAGUUCUGGAUUGCCACGACGCAUCUUAAAGCUAGAACAGGUCCUCUACUGGCUACCAUGCGAAGAGAACAGGGUAAAGAUUUAAUGGAUUUCAUUAAACUUUUUAGUGGAAGUAGUCCUGUUAUUGUUACAGGAGAUUUCAAUGCCAGCCCUACUGAAUCAGUAUAUCAAACGAUCACGAAAGAUGAUACAUUUCCAUUGGAGAGUGCAUAUCGUUGUUUGUCAAAUCGCAACCAAGAACCACUGUAUACAACAUGGAAAAUCAGAGAAGACGGUGAAUACUGUCAAACUUUAGAUUACAUAUUUUACACUAAAAACUCUAUUGACGUUGAAAGUGCUCUUCAUCUCCCAACAGCUGAGGAUAUUGGAGAAGGUCGUGUUCCAUCAUAUAGGUAUCCAAGUGAUCAUUUUUCUCUCGUAGCUGAUCUCAGUCUUGUCCAGUCAUGAUUUUAGUUCUGAAAAACGCUACAUACCAAAGACAUGCUUUGUAAAAAAAAAUCGAUAUGCAUGCAUAGUCUGAGCGAACUGGUAAAGGUAUAAAUUCAAACUCAGAAAGACAUCUCCAUAUUGUUUAUACUAUUUGCUUAUUUGAGCACGUUUGUUAUUUUUCGCAUUCCAAUUGUAAAUGACUUAUAGCUGUAUUUGAAAGCUUCCUUUCUGUAAAUGUAUAUUUAGAUAUUGAAUACUUUUAGGAAAUUGUCUGGAUUAAGCAAAAAAGUAUUAUUUUUAACAUAAAUUAUAUGGAUUAUUAAUAUUAUUAUUGUUCUUGGUAAUUUUUCUUAUUCAUGCACA